UCCAGCAGGCAGCAGCGGCGCUUCAGCUCGAGCCGAGUCCGACUGAGGCGCGCGCCAGCUCGGUUCGUUUCUUUUACAGUUGGUGCUGCGAGGAAGCGGUCCGAGCGAGGAGAAUCACAACGUCGCCAUUUUACAAACGCGAAUAUUCUCGAAUGUUGGGGAAUUCGACGUGAAAAAUUAUCCCUCUAACUCAUUUUAAGGUUGUUUUUCUUUCCGUCUCCAGAACGACGUUACAUCUUCACCGGGACACAACAAGGCUAACGGCCCUGAACGCCUUUUUUUCCCUUCCCAGUAAGCUGCUGGAAACGCGGCGGUUUACGCUAACGAAUAUCACCGAGUAAUAACGGAAUCCCGGGCCGGUUUGUCCCGUUUUUUUUUUCUUCACGCGAACUGAAGGACAUUUUGGACGCCAGGAACGUUACCGCUAUCACGCGCGCGCAAGGCUAGAGGAGAGAAUGCCACUCUGUCAACAUCUGUAAGCUUUCUGCCAAGGAAACAUCUGCACUAUUCAGUGCUCAGGCUUCACAUUUAAAGGAGGGAUGUGCGAUUAGCGGCCACGCAGGUGGGAUCGUGAGCUCCAAAGCCCAGGAAAGCUGUUCUUCACCCACACCGAUUCCAGGCCAGCAGGUGCGCGAGCAGCAGUUCGAGAAGUUCGUGUCCCAGCGGAAUCAUGAGGUUGCCUGCUCCAGUGUUUUCCAAAGGUGUGAAGAUGAGGAAGUUCGCCUACUGUAAGGUGGUCCUGGCGACCUCUCUGGUUUGGGUGAUGCUGGAUAUGUUCAUCCUUCUCUACUUCAGCGAAUGCAACAAGUGCGAUGACAAGAAAGAGAGGGGACUCCCAGGGAGAGAAGAGGUGGUCCCGAGGCCUCAUGAAGGUCCAGGUGAAAUGGGAAAGCCAGUGGUGAUUCCCAAAGAGCAGCAGGAGAAGAUGAAGGAGAUGUUCAAGAUCAACCAGUUCAACCUGAUGGCCAGUGAGAUGAUCGCACUCAACCGCACACUGCCUGACGUCCGGCUCGAAGGAUGUAAAACCAAGGUGUAUCCGGAUGACCUGCCGCGCACCAGCGUGGUCAUCGUGUUCCACAACGAGGCGUGGACGACGUUACUGCGCACUGUGCACAGCGUCAUCAACAGAUCCCCCAGGAACCUGCUGGAGGAGGUGGUGCUGGUGGAUGACGCCAGCGAGAGAGACUUCUUGAAGAGGCAUUUGGAGCAGUACGUGCGGACGUUGGAGGUGCCGGUGCGGAUCGUGCGUAUGGAGCAGCGCUCGGGUCUGAUUCGUGCACGUCUGAAGGGGGCGUCACUCUCCACCGGUCAGGUCAUCACCUUCCUGGACGCUCACUGCGAGUGCACCGUGGGCUGGCUGGAGCCGCUGCUCGCCCGCAUCAAGCAAGACAAACGAACGGUGGUGUGUCCCAUCAUUGACGUGAUCAGCGACGACACGUUCGAGUACAUGGCAGGCUCGGAUAUGACGUACGGAGGGUUUAACUGGAAGCUGAACUUCCGCUGGUACCCAGUUCCUCAAAGGGAGAUGGAUCGCAGAAAAGGAGACCGAACUCUACCUGUCAGGACUCCUACCAUGGCAGGUGGAUUGUUCUCUAUAGACAGAGACUACUUUGCGGAGAUCGGCACGUACGACGCAGGCAUGGACAUCUGGGGAGGAGAGAACCUGGAGAUUUCCUUCAGGAUCUGGCAGUGUGGUGGGACGCUGGAGAUCGUGACUUGUUCUCACGUGGGACACGUCUUCCGGAAGGCCACGCCGUACACGUUCCCCGGGGGCACGGGCCAGAUCAUCAACAAGAACAACCGGCGCCUGGCCGAGGUGUGGAUGGACGAGUUUAAGAAUUUCUUCUACAUCAUUUCACCUGGAGUGACGAAGGUGGACUACGGGGACGUGUCAUCCAGGACCGCCUUGAGACAGAAGCUGCAGUGUAAGCCGUUCUCAUGGUACCUGGAGAACAUCUAUCCUGAUUCUCAAAUCCCUCGUCACUACUACUCCCUGGGAGAGAUCCGGAAUGUGGAGACUAACCAGUGUCUGGACAACAUGGCGCGCAAAGAGAACGAAAAAGUCGGCAUCUUUAAUUGUCAUGGCAUGGGAGGCAACCAGGUUUUCUCCUACACAGCCAAUAAGGAGAUCCGAACUGACGACCUGUGUCUAGACGUCUCCAAACUAAACGGGCCCGUAAUGAUGCUCAAGUGCCAUCAUCUGAAAGGCAACCAGCUGUGGGAGUACGAUCCUCUGAAGCUGACCCUAGUGCACGUGAACAGUAACCAGUGCCUGGACAAGGCGUCGGAGGACGACAGCCAGGUCCCCAGCGUCAGAGACUGCAGCGGCAGCCGCUCACAACAGUGGCUCCUACGCAACGUCACACUGCCCGAAAUCUUCUGAGCACACCGCGCACGACACGAGGACGUACGGAGAGGCGGAUGGAGAGACGGACACACUCUUCACACCAGCUCUGGUGGGGGAACGCAAAAAGAUAAAGGAGAUUGAGCGAGGGAGGGAGGGAGAGAGAGAGAGAAAGCUGAAUGAUCUCUCUACAUUAUCCUUUCACUUCCUGAUGGUGUGGUCUUGAGGCAGAGCCAAAAUACCAGACAUACACGUGUACAUGAAUCUCCCCAUCACUCCACUUUACUGACACCCACAACGAGAUGGAGAGAGAGAGAGAGUAAAGAAAAAAAAGAGACUGUAUUUUACAGAGAAGCUUAUAGGAUCAGUGGCCUUGUCUUCCUUUAAAGGAGUAGAGGGUGAUGAA